ACAUGAUCUCUCUGAACAUGACCAACACACCAUCACCACUCUAAUACUCUCUCUCUCUCUCUCUCUCUCAUACACUCUCUAAUCUCUCUCUCUCACUCUCUCAUACACUCUCUUUCUCUCUCUAUACUCCCUGAGCCUAUUAAUAACGUCCACUUUACUCAGCUUCCCAAACACCCCACCUCCUCUGCUCAUUUCAUUCUUCUUCCUCUGAAACAUCACUCUCUCUCUCUCUCUGUUCGUUUCAUUCUUCCACCAAAGGCCGACGAACCAAGAAUCUCUCCCGCUCUUACAUCCACAGCCACAAGGAAGAAGAAACCCACACUCCCAAGAACCAGCAGCCGAAGGCAGGCAGCUAUCUAUACCUCUUGCAGCAGCCAUGAGCAAGGACUGCGGCAACCACGGCGGCGACGACCUCCGCCGGUCGUGCCGGGGCCUCUUCGCCAUCCUCCUCGGCUUGGCCCUCAUCGUCGGCAUCAUCGCGCUCAUCGUCUACCUGGUCCUCCGCCCCACCCACCCGCGCUUCUUCCUGCAGGACGCCUCGCUCCGCCAGCUCGACCUCUCCAACUCCUCCGGCGUCCUCUCCACCUCCAUCCAGGUGACCAUCGCCUCCCGCAACCCCAACGACCGCGUCGGCGUCUACUACGACCGCCUCGAUGUCUACACCUCCUACAAGUACCAGCAGAUCACCGUCGCCGCCUCGCUCCCGCCCGUCUACCAGGGCCACGGCGACGUCGACGUCUGGUCCCCCGUCCUGUCGGGCCCCAGCGUGCCCUUCGCGCCCUACCUCGCCCACGCGCUCUCGCAGGACUGCCAGGCCGGCUACCUUAUCCUGCAGGUCAAGAUCGACGGCCGCGUCAGGUGGAAGGUCGGCAGCUGGAUCUCCGGCCACUACCACCUCUUCGUCACCUGCCCGGCCUUCCUCGUCACCAACGGCGGCAACGGCGCGCCGGGGGCAGGCGGGUUCAGGUUCCAGACCACCACCUACUGCCACGUCGAGGUCUAAGACUAACUGGGCUGCCGGCGCCGGCGAGGCAGAGAUCUUGAUCAGAUCGGCUGCUAAUAAUCAAUCAAUCAACCAAUCAAUAGCGAGUAAUGGGUUAUAAAUGUAAAGGAUGCAUGGGGUAAUUUUCAUUUAGAGUUGCUAAUACCAUGGUCAUAUAUGCAUAUUCUGCCUUCACUAUAUAGCUGUUCCACUGUCAAAAGGAAACCUUUUUUGAGGACCGUUUUGGUGAGAUUGGGUUACAAGUUACUGUAUUAUCCCAUGGUAAUUUGCAUUUGUUUUUCUUUUUUCAA